AAUCGGCAACCUUCAGUCGGGCCCGGCAGGCGCCCCAGGACAGCCCAGGCUCCAAGCACGCAGCCCCUGCCUCCGAGGGUUUGCAGGAAGGCGCUCUCUCGCUGCUGGGCUUUCUGGUCUCCCGCGGGCUGCGGGGAUUGCUGCCGCAGGGUGCCAUCCGCAGGGAGGAAGAAGCGGAGCCGGGCAUCCCCGGGCCGGCCUCGCCUCGACAACCGCCCUUAGUCAGGUUUGCCACUCAUGCUCGGGGAGAGGACAGAGGGCUGGACUCUACCUACGGGGAUUCCAAAUCUCGUGACUGUCCCUGCCCCCAGGAAAUUUCCACAUACGCAAUGGCCCUCGUGUGCCUGGAUGAUUUCCGAGCCUAUGCUAAGAGGCACCUGCCCAAGGGCACGUGGGACUACUUUGAAGGGGGAGCCGAUGAAUGUGCCACCAGGGAUGACAACAUCUUGGCAUUCAAAAGAAUCCGCCUGCGGCCGCGGGUAUUGAAAAAUGUGUCCACGGUAGACACGAGGACCACUAUUCAAGGGACCGAGAUCAGCUGUCCCGUCAGCAUUGCCCCCACGGGCUUCCAUUGCCUGGCCUGGCCGGACGGAGAGACCAGCAUGGCCCGAGGAGCGGAAGCCCAGGGUGUGUGCUACGUCACCAGCAUGUACUCCACCAGCUCGCUUACUGACAUCGUGGCGGCGGCUCCGUCGGGCCUGCGGUGGUUCCAGCUGUACAUGCACAAGGACCGGCAGCUGGUCACAGAGCUGGUCCGGGAGGUGGAGGCCCUGGGCUUCCGAGUCCUCGUGCUGACCGUCGACACCCCCGUGGGCGGCAAGCGGCGCGCAGACCUGCGGAACUCCUUUGGGCUCCCUGCUCACCUGUCUUUGCAGAUCAUUCCCGAGGCCCGCCAGGUGGGAGCGGGGCACCAACUGCCGAUCGCGGAUAUCGACCCGUCAGUCUGUUGGGAAGACGUAUCCUGGCUCCGGAGCCUGACGCGCCUGCCCAUCGUCCUCAAGGGGAUCCUGACACGGGAGGACGCCGAACAGGCCGUGGGCCGCGGCGUGCAAGGGAUCCUCGUUUCCAACCACGGAGGCCGGCAGCUGGACGGGGUUCUGGCCACGGUCGGCGGCCCACGGCCCGGGGGGCUGGGGGAGCCCUGGCCAGGGACGUUCGGCCGCUUUCUCCCCGCAGGCGCGCGCGCGCACACACACACACACACACACACAUUCAUUCAUUCACUCGUAUUUAUUGAGCGCUUACUGUGUGCAGAGCACUGUACUAUGUGCUUGGGAAGUACAAGUCGGCAACAUAUAGAGACGGUCCAACAACGGGCUCACACGCGCACCCACAACCGCGCUCGCACACGACUGUGCACACAAAGCUUAUUAGCCAAUCCCUGGCCCUGGUCUUGCCCUGUCUCUGCCCUGCCCUGGCCUCUAUUCCGGCCUUGCCCUUGCCCCUGCCCUGUUCCAAUCAGCACUCCCGGUUGAGAGGGAAGCUUCCUGGAACGAUGCCACUCGCAGCAGCUCUGAAGGCACUGAGAACAGUCACCCUCCACCCCCACCCCACGACCCCCAGUGCCGGCAGCGUCCUGAAGCCCCGGGAUGGCAGACCAUCACCCCCCCACCCGCCUCUAGCCAGUGUAGCGCCUCAGCGCCUCGAGCUCUCCCUCACGCAGCCCUUACCACUGUCCCGGGGCCCCAGACUCCCGCCCCCGUCCCAGCCCCCUCUCUCUUCUCAGUCCGACAAGCCAGCCCAGUGCCCCCGCCCCUCCUCCUCCUCCU